CGUGUUUAUUAGCAUGGCAAAUCGUGUUUCGUCUUGUUAAUUUUGCAAGGAAGUAUUUCCAAUACAGCGUUCUUAAGGGUUGCUUAGUAAUAAUAUUGGCGUAAACUUUGACAACAUUUUAAAAAGAAAGCUUAGCUCGAAAGUCUUAUAGUAUAGACCUACUUUGAAGAAUGUGACAUUGUGGUGAAAAAGGGUGUUGCCUUUUACUGUAAAGAGUGUUGCCUGCCUAGUUAAUUGACUCAUUUCUUUUUUCGGAAUCGGAGUAGUUUGUUGUCCACGUCGUUCAGUAUUCAGUGUAAGAGUUAAUAAUUCUUAUAAUGGAGACAUUACCAGCUACCUGGGACAUGUAUGAUUUGUUUCAAAGUUUCUUGAGAACACCGACUUACCAUUUGAUAGUUGAAGUUUGCUUGGUUCUUCUCAUCAUCAAACUCAUAUUUUCCAAAAGUUAUAAACCAGAGAAAACAGUUUUAUCAGAGAAAGAAAAGGAUGAAUUGAUAGCAGAAUGGACCCCAGAACCACUUGUACCAGACAUUCCUGAAGACCAUCCAAUCAUUAAGUUAAUGGAGAAAAACAUUGUUACUGGACCACCAGGAAAAUAUAUCAAUAUUCGAAAUAAAUCCUGCAUAAACAUGGCUACAAUGAAUUUUCUUGGAAUGAUAUCUAAUAAGACAAUUGAAGAGGAAGCUGUCCGUUGUAUUAAGAAAUAUGGAGUUGGAUCAUGUGGGCCAAGAGGUUUUUAUGGAACUAUGGAUGUUCAUCUUGAACUUGAAAGUCAUUUGGCUAAAUUCAUGAAUUGUGAAGAGGCCAUUAUCUAUUCCUAUGGUUUCGCUACUAUAUCGAGUGCAAUUCCAGCCUACUCCAAGCGUGGUGACAUAAUAUAUUGCGAUGAAGGUGUUAGUUUUGCUAUCCAAAAAGGUCUUGCAGCGUCUAGAAGUGAAAUUCGCUUUUUUAAGCACAAUGAUACUGAGGACUUGGAAAGAUUGUUGAUUGAACAACAGCAAAAGGACAAAAAGAACCCAAAGAAAGCAAAAGUAACUCGGAGAUUUAUAGUCAUUGAAGGUUUAUAUCUGAAUUAUGGGGAUAUCUGUCCACUUCCUAAAAUUGUCGAGCUGAAAUGGAAAUAUAAAGUAAGAAUUUUUAUGGAGGAGAGCUUCUCAUUUGGCGUGUUGGGGUCAAGUGGUAAAGGUGUUACUGAGUAUUAUGGAAUAGAUAUAGAUGAAAUAGACUUGAUUGCUGCAUCUUUAGAGAAUGCAAUAAGCUCAAUUGGAGGAUUUUGUGUUGGUAAAAAAUAUGUGAUUGACCAUCAAAGACUUUCAGGUCUUGGCUAUUGCUUCUCAGCAUCCCAGCCUCCUCUUUUGGCUGCAGCUGCUACUCAAGCUCUUGGAAUUCUGGAAAAGGAUCCAGGACUAGUGACACAAUUGAAGGAGAACUGUUUGAGGGUUCAUGAAGGGUUGAAUAAAAUUGAAGGUGUUCAGAUUGUGGGAUUGCCUUUUUCUCCUGUCAAACACAUCAGACUUGUAGAACCCUCUGAUGAUCGUGAUCUAGAUAUCCAAACCUUAGAAUUGGUUGCUGACAGGUCUAUUGAGAAUGGUGUUGCUUGUACAGUGGCAAGGUAUUUGGAGAAAGAAGAAAAGUUUUUGCCGCCUCCCAGUAUUCGAAUUGCUGUUAAUUGUCAAUUAAAUUCUACUGAGAUUGAUAGAGUUGUUACAGUCCUAAAUGACAGUUUCAAUCAAGUAUUUUCACUGUAAUCAAAUCAUAAUAUUUAAUACUUUUCUAAAGCUUAUCUAUUUUAUUCUCAAUUAAAAUUGUUAAAUGACA